ACCACCCUCCUCAAACAUAAGCACAUUCGCAGAUGUCUCCGCACGCGUAGAGCCGAUCCCACCGUCACGACAGUAGCAGCGAGCCGCGGAGGGUGAAGCGGAGUAGGGCACGAGACAAGGAGAGGAAGGGAGGGAGGGAAGGAAGGAAGGAGGAGGCUAAAACACAUAAACGCUUACUAGUCUGAGGAGAGGAGAGAGAGAAAGCAGCAUGCCGUAUACUCUGGUCUUUUUUUACCCCAUCAUCUGAGGCAUGAAGGCGGCUGUCAGCUGUAGCAUAAAACAAAGGGAUGCUUUGAAUGCUGCCUCUCUUCUUUUGACAAGGGACGAGCGAGAGGAGGAGAGGAGGGACGUACAGCGAGGGACAAAACCAGGAUUUCUGGAAUGAAUGGGAAUGCUUCUACUGCGUGCUGUGGAAUAAGAGUCAAACCAAGCAAAGUCUCCGAAUCAGGGGCCAGUUGAGGACUUAAAUUCGUGGCGUGACAGUCCUCUCUUGCUUUGACCACCUUCGGCUGCGGGCAUCUUUCCAAACGGCGCUAAUUAAGGCUCGCGCGGUGUAAAAGCAGUGACAGCAUCCAACACAGACGCAGCGGACCGCUCGGGGAGGCCUGGGUGCUUCUGGUGUGCGUUUUGAGUGUGUGUCUGUGUCCGUGGACGGGGCAGAAGGAGAGGAGAUGUUUGGAUAAACCUGUCCAGGAGAAUCACUCACGCCGCUACAGUGAGGACCCCCAUCUGUGCAUCUGCGCUGGUGCCAUGAUCCCUUUAUAAGUGUGGGUAAUGUCGAGGCACAUCACCAACCCUGGAGAUGCCGAAGAGAAGAGAUAUUCUUGCCAUUGUGUUGAUCGUGUUACCCUGGACUCUGCUCAUCACUGUGUGGCACCAGAACGCUAUAGCGCCCCUACUGGCCAUCCGCAAGGCCUGUCACCACCUAGUAAAAGAGAUCUUUAUCAUACCAGAGAAGCUCGCAGUACGCCACCACCGGCUCUCAGAUGACGGCGUGGAGGGCAAGAGGGACACCGCCGGACUGGGUCAAGACUCCAAGGAAUACUGUGCCUCGGAUAAGGACAUUGUAGAGGUGGUGCGGACAGAAUAUGUAUACACGAGACCGCCACCGUGGUCCGACGUGCUGCCUACUAUCCAUAUCAUCACCCCGACGUACAGCCGACCGGUGCAGAAAGCGGAGCUCACGCGGUUGGCAAACACAUUCCUCCACGUUCCCAACCUGCACUGGAUUCUGGUGGAAGAUUCCCAAAGGAGGACCCCCCUUGUUACAAGACUCCUCAGGGAGACUGGGUUGAAUUACACUCAUCUCAAUGUGGAGACGCCCAGGAACUAUAAACUGAGGGGCGACACACGAGAUCCCAGAAUCCCGCGGGGCACCAUGCAGAGGAACCUGGCGCUGCGCUGGUUGAGGGAGACGUUCAACGCAAACAGCAGCCAGGCAGGGAUAGUGUACUUCGCGGAUGAUGAUAAUACGUACAGUCUGGAGCUGUUCGAAGAGAUGAGAUCCACUCGUAAAGUCUCUGUGUGGCCCGUGGCCUUUGUGGGCGGGCUCAGGUACGAGUCUCCCAAAGUGAACGCUGCAGGGAAAGUGUACGGCUGGAAGACCGUGUUCGACCCUCACCGACCCUUCGCCAUCGACAUGGCCGGCUUCGCCAUCAACCUGCGCCUCAUCCUUUUCAAGCCCCAGGCCUACUUCAAACUGAGGGGCGUGAAGGGGGGGUACCAGGAGAGCAGCCUACUGCGCGAGCUGGUCACGCUCAACGACCUGGAGCCCAAAGCAGCCAAUUGCACUAAGAUCCUCGUUUGGCACACGCGAACUGAGAAGCCCGUCCUUGUAAACGAGGGGAAGAAAGGAUUCACAGACCCCAAUGUGGAGAUCUGAAGACGAGACUAAAGGGUGGUUGGCCUUGGACCUGCAGAAGAGAGAAGAAGAAGAAGAACUACCCCGGCCUCUUGAUAAGUGCAACCAGCGUUUAACGUCUUAAUGUUUGGAGGACAUAAAACAAACAGAACUGUGAAUAGGGGACUUUUCUUUUCUGAAUAAAAACAGUUUGAAAAUAAAGACCUUUUAAUUGCAUCUUACUAAAGCACAGAUUGACAGAAGAUGGAGACCCACAACCUGGAAAUCACUGGAAUUCAUGCUACAAAAAGACAGCACAAAAGAAGUGUUAAGUGGAUUUGAGGAAAUGUCUUGAAGAAAAGAAAACGAAAAACUGAAAAUUUCAAAAUAACGUUCGGAUCUGCACAGUCCAGAGAAUUGAGGACAUAAAAUGGAAGUGUUUCAGCAAAAGAAAGGAAUGUUCUUUUGAUAAAAUGUAUUUAAUUGGUUUAAGUGUUUUGCAGGCACUUGACUCUCGAGUUCAAUACUACUGGCUACUUUUCUGCAUCCUUGGGUUUUUAUCGGCAUCGUUCAUUUUAAGCUCAUUGUUAGAUUUCAUCGCAUUCAAGUCACCCAGUCAAGUUCAUAGACUGUUGCUCGAAAGUGAAACACGUUUGAAAAUACUGUUAUAUUGUCUCCGCACUUAUCACGAAUGUGGCAACAUGUGUAAAUAGUGAGUCAAGUCGAGAACAAUCAAAGGAACUAGUGAUGUAAUUAAUGUAUUUACAUGUUCAGAAGUAGCUAAAGUCCUCACAACGAUGCACAGGUUUAUCCAACAAUGAAAGACUUAAUAUAGCACAGAAGCCCUUCACGUGUUCGGUGAUGUAGAAGUUACGACACUGUCACAAAACACUAAAAAAAAAUGACAUGGCAGCUUAGCUAACACUGUAGUCGGUGUUGUAUACACAGAUCAGCCAUAUCAUUAUGACCCCCUCUGAGUCAUGGGUUGUGUUCACGUUUAAACAUUUUUUUUAAAGUAUUAUAAAAAAAAUUCACAAAAUCCACAAAUGUUGAUCCAAAUAUUAACGUUUGGGAACAGAUUCACAAAUUUACCAUAGAAUCUUAUGUCUUACGUGGUCGAACGUUACCAAUUUGAACCCGCACUACGCAACUUUUUAGUCAAAAUAGUCGUGAUUGUUUUUAUUGCACUGCGUUUACUGUCAGCGCGCUUGCAUCUCCACAAACCUGGCUCUUACUUAAGCCUCCUCCUGCUUGGAAAAUGCUCCUUUGGCUGUAUUUUUCCACAGAAUUACAUAAAAAGUACUGUAUGUAUCUCCAUGGAGGAUAUUUCGAGGUGUAGUUUUAUUUCUAUGGAUCGUGCGGGUGAUGUGCCACCUCCAGAAAGUCACAGUUUUACUUUAAGACACUGAGUCAGAUUUGAAACAUCUGCAUUACGGCAUAUUCUGAAAUAGUCUUGACGAUGGUGUUAUGACUUCAUGUGAACACAGCCUAUAGAACGACGCGAUAAUCUCUUUACCAGCUGUUUGUCCAUGUGGUGUAACGGUUUAAACUAGGUCAAAACCUCUUUAAAUCUAUAGUGAAAAGAUCAAGCACGAUUAGUGGUUUGUGGAUCUUAUCAGCUUAAGUAGCUGAUAUACACAAUGCAUCUUCGUUUUUUGCAGAAAGAGCGAGAUAUCAGGCAAAGAAGAUAAACAUUUAAACAACGAUUGAUAUUCUUCUGGGCAUACUGUGAGGCUGGUUUGUGUAUAGCCACUCGUAAAGAAACUAAAGCAGCUCUACGUAAUUACAUUUCCACCAUCCCAAAUCUGCAUUACAAUAAGUUGAGGAAAACUUCAGCAUAUUCUUACUCAAAGUUUUGUCGCAUGACCCUAGAACUACUGUACUUUUUACAUCUUACACCUCGCUGCAACUUCUCCCUAUUGGAAAAAAAAGCACAAUUGAUAUCUUAUUUUUGCAAAGCAUAACGGUAAUAAUACACUUUGUUGUGCGUUGUGGAUUGAGGCUGAUAAAACUCCCAUGGUUGUGUUGGUUGUAUCUAUGUUUAGUGUCUCAAAGGGAAGCAAGAUUUUUACACAGAUGUAGCCACAACACUGCAUAAAGCUUAACACUGUAACACAGAUAUCCUCUACUGUUAAUAGGAUCUAGGCGAGUUGAUAUCCAUCGUGCAAUACACAGGGGUGCCGCUUAUCUUACGUUAUAGCGAAGAAGCUGCGGAGAAUUCAAACUUUUAACUUGUACCGUUGCCAAAUUAUCUCCCAACCACCACACGACAUGGUUUAUAAUUUACGCAUGACCUUAAAGACAGAUUUUGGCCCGCUGUGCUUCCCCUACUUUGACUAAACAAGCUCAGUCGACUUAUUUUACCGAUGUACCACGACUCGUCUGCCCUUAUUUAUUGUAUUUAUUUAUUUAUCAAACGUGGAUGUGCAAUUUAAUCGAGUCUGUGUUUAUUGACAGCCCUUCCGAAACAGCACGGGCAAACAUAAACACUGCCUAAUUUAAACUACGCCCAGUGUAAUUUUACAACACGCAGGCUGUCGAGUGUUUUUGUCCUACCACUGUCUGCUGUUGUCUAUCUUUACACAAGUGUUAAUGAGUUGCUGCGUUAUAAUUGGAGGAUAAGCAAAGCGUUAUUGAAGAAUUUGUGACGUUAAUAUGUAUUCAGAUCAGUUACGAAUUGUGCAAAACAGUGAAACUUAAGACAAAUAUUAUGACAAAUUUGCAUAAUAGGCUUUUUUUUUUUGGAUAAUCUUAUUGAUCAGUGUCUUGUGUAAUGUUUUCAGCUCUGCAUUAACGCGCACUGGCUUUGUUCCUGAAUGAAAAUAUUGUGCACUUUCAUUGUGUUAUAAAGCGAACUGCCCACGUAGUGUUAAAUAUCGCUCUCGGCCAAACACUCAACAAAGAAUGCAGCUUACACAUCAGCAGAAAGUACUAAUAUUUUGUGAUCUAACUACAGUACGUGGCAUUGUAAACUUAAAGAUGCACUGUGUAGCUUUUCGGUCGCACGCUCACCGCUUGCUCGUCUCCGUGGAGGUGUUAUCGCUUCGCCUGGAAUAUUUCACAGUGCUGCAUUCCGUGUGUUAUUUUUAUUGCUGAAAAAUAAACUGAAAAACAUGGAUUAUUACUGUGAGAAGGGUUUAAUGCCACACUGUAGGACAUUUCGGGCAAAGCUGUAGCAUCUCGAGGUGGUGGACACUGCGAGAAAAGUUCCAUAGUGCAGCUUUAAGUAGGUUAAUCAAGCAAGCGUUCACAAAGGGCUUCAAUUGAUGUUAAAACUUCUGCCAAUAACAUGAGUUUUUCUGUAUUAUUAACCAAUGUAUCAAGCAAUAGCUCUUACACAAAUCGGUCUAAUUGUAGAAGGAACGAGGUUAAACGGUGCAGGAUGUUCAGUAUUUAUUGUCAGUUAAAGUGUUUCCUUGUGAGGGCUUCUUUAUGGCACAAUACACUUUACAUCCGGGUCCUCUGUUUCCAUUCUCAACCACAGUUUUUUCGGUGACAUCGGUUCACACCUUAUGCAUGUGACUCUUACAGACGUUUCUUUGCCACAGCAGUUCAGUCUCAGAGAAAGAUGUUAGUUCAAUCAGAAAAUAAACAACUCUG